AUGUCGGAAUUUAUUAAUGAGAACCCUGAUAUUUUAGAUGAGACCCUCCUACCGUCCAGAAAAGAAGAUAUUACAAAUGAACUAUUUGGUGAUGCCUUAGGGAAAAUCACACAUGAAAGAAAAAGGCAGUUGCUGCAGAUAGGAUCUGUAGACUCGCCAGUUUUGAAAAACAUAGGUCUUCUAGAUAAACUAUUAAACCAGCAGCUAUCUUUGGAUGAGACCGUACCUGAUUUGACAGAUAUAGAAACAGCAACUGAAUCCGAUGAAAACACUGAGGAAGAAGAAGAGGAAGAUCCUAUCGAUGCUCAAGAAAUCUACGAUCUUAUAGCUCAUAUCAGUGACCCAGAACAUCCACUAACGCUAGGACAAUUAGCGGUGGUGAACUUGGCUGAUAUCGAAGUACAUGAUACGAACGGCAAGGAUAAAAUGGCCGAAGUUAUCGUUAGAAUCACUCCAACAAUUACACAUUGCUCUCUCGCAACCCUUAUUGGGCUUGGUAUUAGAGUGCGGUUAGAACGUAGUCUCUCGCCCAGAUUUAGAAUCACUAUCCUACUUAAAAAGGGUACACAUCAAAGUGAAAACCAGGUUAACAAACAACUUAAUGACAAAGAACGUGUAGCUGCUGCCUGCGAGAAUGACCAGUUGUUAGGAGUCGUUUCCAAAAUGUUAAGUACAUGUAAAUAA